AUUAUCUCAUCAUCACAAACAAUCCUACAAAAAAAAAAAGUCUUUUACUACAAACUGCCUGCUUCUAUAAACUAUAACUGCAAUUUCCCAGCUUGCAUUACCAAACGAAACCAACUUCUUGUCUGCUGCAACAUUAGCAACCAAGUCAAUCAUCGACAUAAUACACAAACCCAACCACACACACCACCAACAUGUGUAUACCACUCUUCAGAAAGAAAAAACAUGAUCGGGUCUACGAUUACCAUCCACAACCAGCCAUGGGCUACUCGAAAAAAUACGGCUAUAACAACUACGGAUACUACAACGGCGGCAAGAAGUCACGUAAACACGGCCGUCACUACGCCUCAGCGGCCGGUGAUUUAGCGGGAGCUUGGGCCGAUUAUAGCGGAGGAGGUCACCAUGGAGGAGGUCAUUGUGAUGGCGGCGGUGGAGGCGGCGGCGCAGAUGGUGGAGGUGGAGGAGGAUGCUCAUAAACUAAUGUAACAUUGGGCUUUGGAGUUUCAUGGUAGAUAUCUUGUAAUAUACGGGCUUGGCAGGAGACAUUCGAUUUGUACAGUAUUGUAUUUUAUUAGGCCAGCACACAAUCUGAGAAGCAUUCGCAACA